AUGGCUACCUCUUCGCCAUUCUCAUACGCACAAGCCGCCAAGGGUCAAGCAGCCCAGGUGGCAACUACACCCACCAGCGAGCCAACCGAGGUGAAAAACAACAGCACCCAGGAUGCCGAACAGAGCCCUGACAGCCUGGCUGUACUUUCCAACAGUGGAAUAGAAGGCAAGGCAUCUGAGCAUGCUAGCUUAUCGACGGAUUCGAAGGUGGAUGUUGCCCAAGAACAGGGAAAGGGUUCUACCUCCCGCGAAACGAACUCCGAGUCGAACUCCGAGUCGAACACUCCGUCUCUGACCGGAUCGAGACGCGAAGACAGCGAUGCCCCUGCCGACAAUCUCUCUCAAGGGGAUGAGAAAAGGGCUGUCCGAUCAUCAAGCGCCUCCACUCGCCUUACCGAUGAUUCCGAUUUCAAGAAAGGGCAGCGUAAAGGACGAAAAGGCAAGGCCACUGGCACUUCGGCCGCGGACUCUGAUAAAGUCAAGGAUAAGGAGGAGGAGAAGGAAAAGGAAAAGGAAUUGCCCAAGGUCGAGCUCACCGAAGCACCACUGCCCUUGGUGAAUAUCUGGACUCAGCGGAAGGAAGCGCAGGCUGCCAAAUUGAAGCCCAAUGUCGCGACCAAUGUGUCAAGUAUCGGGGGUGAUGCUCCAACUGCAGCCUCUACGGGGUCGAACGCUUCCCAGGAGGCAAAGAAGAAGUCGAAGACGUCCGAGGCGGGUUCGCUGCCGAAGACCACACACAACGGUCACCCCGGUGCAUUCAAAGGACAGAGAAAGGCCGGCGAGGAUGGCCGCGGUGAGAACGAUGGGACCGCCAGAAGAGGUGCGCCUCGCGGCUCGAGGGUCGCUGAGAAGGCUGAAGCGUUGCCUCCCUCUGCAGAUUCAUCUGCAUGGCCGACUCCGGAGACGGCUAUUCGGGAAGAAAAGCGCAAGCCAACCGACAGGGUAGAGAAACCCGAGCCAUCCGAGCCCAACGACGACACUGCAUCGACGAAGACCAGAAAGAAGGAACAGUGGGAGCGCAUCGAUUUCGUUCCCACGGUCAAUUGGGAGACCCCGGUUCCAGCGCUCCGCGGCUCCCGUGGGGGUCGUGGAGGAGGCAGCGGCCGAGGUGGCCGAGAUGUCACCUCAAGAGGGGGCUCUCAUGUCGCAUCAAGCGCCCCCGUUGCUGCGGACAAGCCUGCCGAUGUUACGCCCGCCGUUGCGUCGAAGGGUGCCAACGAUCAACGAGACAAGGCGCGGGACGGUGCACCGUCCCAUCGGGGCAAUGCGCCGCCAUCGGCUGUCGCGAAGCAGUCUACAGCCGACAACCCCCGCAACAAGGAUCAUCGGAAGCCGUCGGGCCCCGCACGAGGUGACCGCGUCAAAGACUCUACGUCAACUCAGUCUGCUGACCAAGCAGUGCCACCGAGGUCUGAGGGGCGUGGCGAGAAGGGUGGCCGGGGAGGAGGCCCUUACCGCGGUUCUCGAGGAGGACACCCGGCGAACAGUCACGCGAUGCAUGCUCAGGCACAAUAUCUGCCGAAUGGCGGACCCUAUUCUCACCCACCCAUGUCGUCUCGGCAUCAAAAUUUCACGAGUCCGCCCCUCUCCCAAGGCAACUCGUUCUCUCAAGGGUUCGGUUCCCAGGGUCGCCCAGGAGGUCGUGGGGGAGCCAAUCGGCAGUCGUCGGCCUCCACAGGCUACUCACAUCGUGGGAACGGAGCUAAUGGCAAUUCCGCACGGCCCAGGCCUCUGUCUACACAAAACAUGGCCCCGUAUACAUGGGAUACGUACGCGGGCAUGCCCAUGACAGCGCCUCCUUACCCCCCUCAGCUUUUCAACUACGAGCUCAAGGCGGUCUUGACUCAGCAGGUGGAGUAUUACUUCUCCGUCAACAAUCUCUGCAAGGAUGGUCAUCUCCGGAGGCAUAUGGACUCGCAAGGAUUCGUUUUCCUCUCCAUCAUCCACGGCUUUGCUCGGGUCAAACAGCUCAGCGGCGACAACUACACGUUCCUGCGUGCUUCUGUUGCUGAUUCGACCCAGCUCGACUUUGUCGCUGGGAAGGACGGCAUUGACCGUAUCCGUUCGCGCCAUCACUGGCAGAAGUUCGUCCUGCCAAUGGACCAGAGAGUGGAAGCCGCUCAGACAGCAGGCCCGGAAUACUUCUACUAUCAGUCCAUUGACCAGCAGGCCAUGAACAGCAUGGUCGCCGGCGGCUAUCCCAUGGGUUCCCCGACGUCGUACGCCAACGGCACCACGUUCGACCCGAGCGGCUACGCAAACGGAGCGCACGUUAUUGAUGGUAAUGGCGCCCAGCUCUCUGCCACUGUUCCCGAGUUCCAACCCGGCAUGUAUAAUACCCAGCUUCCGGAUCAGGAGGGCAACAGCGUCUCCAGCAAGCCGACCGCCUCGACCAGCAGCCCGAAUGGGCCUGCCGCUGAGCCAGAGGGCACCUCGCAGACGGCCAGUUCUCAUGUGAAUGGGACUAGCGCUAUCGAGUCGCAGCCGUCGGGCGUCCUCGAGUCGUAG